AUGACGGAGAUCUGGCAGACACGUGACAUCGGGAGUCCUGUCCAGGUGUGUGGUGACGUCAUCAGUGUACUGGAUGAUAUAUCCCCCAUACAAUGUGCCAUAUACUGCAUGGAUCAAGUCCACAUGUGCUUCAUGUUUGAAUUUAAUGUCACGACCAAUGUCUGCAGUAUCUACUCCGAAAUCAGCUACCAGAACGAAACCCAAUCGUCACAGUGGACACCAUUUUUGGCGUUGAAGGGACCCUCAAACUGUGAACGAUCUGGAUACGACCAUGUCGUGAACGAAGGUCUUUGUUUCAAGAUAUUUGAGGAGGAAGUGACGUGGUAUGACGCCAGUAGAACAUGUGAAGAGGAUAAAGGGAGGCUCGUCGUUUUGAAGAACUCCAGACAGAUAGAAGCUCUGCUGAAACACGCCGAAGGAUACCCAAUCUGGCAGUUAUGGAGUGGGUUGACUGAUCCUGCGAAAGAUGGUAUCUGGAAAUGGGUAGAUAACACCCCCUUCAACUCCUCGGUUUGGCACCUGAUUUUGUUUAAUGGCAUUACCCCUCACUAUCCAGCUGACCCGUUCACAGCAGACUGUGCAUCAAUUUAUACGUACAGCGAUUAUCUGCACGACAACAAUUGUAAGUCUAUCGGUGGUUUUGUGUGCGAGCGUCCGCAGUUACUUUGA